UGCAGCACCGGAAGUAAAUCUUUGGCCCUAGCAGACGUGAGAAAGCUAUGGCGGUUGAUGCUGCAACGGAGUUGCUUUUUCUAGAUACUUUUAAGCACCAGAAUGCAGAGUUAACCAAUGUGGAUGUGGUCCGAUUUCCUUGCGGGGUCCUAAUCACCGAGGUGCGGGUCAUUCCUCCUGGGAUCAAGGCACACAGCAAUUUACCUGACAGUCGAGCAUUCGGGGAGACUUCGCCUCAUGCCUUCCAGUUGGAACUGUUCUUUAAUAAUGCCACCAAACCCAACAGCCCUACCUUCCACAGACUGGGCAGUUUGGAAUACGAUGAGAACAAGUCGAUUGUGUUCAGACCCAGUGGAAAGGUAAACACAGAUGGCCUCGUUCUGCGUGGAUGGUACACCAGUCUGACUUUGGCGGUGUACGGGACUGCAGAGCGCUCUCAUGGUCAUGACCAAGGCUCGCCUCCUCCCCCGCCUCCACCUCCCCAGCAACCAGCCGGACCCAAGAGAAUCAUCAAACAAGAAUGGGAAAAAGAGGACCAGUACAAUGGCAGCCCUCCCAGACCAGCACCAAGAGGACCUCGCACUCCACCUGGACCUCCUCCCCCUGAUGAUGAUGAGGAGGAGCAGGUCCCAGUGGCAGUGAGCGGGAUCAAAAGUGAGCCGAGCGAGGUCCGUUGCGACUACCUGGAGGCCGUGUCGCCGGAGAGAUCGUUGCCCGCCGACGAGGCCUACUCAGAUGCUGAACAAGAAGAAGAGGGGGAGGACGAGGAAGAAGAGGAGGAGCAAGAAGAGGAAGAAGACACGCGGACGGAGGGGAGCGCUCAGGAGGAGGAAGAGGAAGAGGAGGAUGAAGAAGAUGAGGGUGAGGACGAGGAAGAGGAGAUGGAGGAAGGUGAUGAUGGUUAUGAGCAGAUUUCCAGUGAUGAAGAUGACCUGGAUAAUGGAAGCUUCAAGCUGCCCGCCUUUGACAUGGACUACACUCCCGAGGAUCUUGCCUCUGUGCCACCCGUCCAGUAUGACCCGUACGAGCGAGAACUUAGGCCGCUUGCUUUCUUCACCCCUCCGUACAAGACUCAUUUUGAGAUCCAGUUUGAGAAGGCUAGCAUGGAGGAGCCCAGAGACGCUGGUGGAACAGAAGGAGCAGCAGCAGGAGGAGAGGAGGCAGAGGCUGUUACUCACCUAAAAGAACUGCUGGCCGAUAUUGGCGAGGACAGAGACGCUCGCUGGGUCACUGCUCUGGAAGAAGCACCUGGACUACUCAACAAAGGGUUGGCUUAUUUAAUUAAACAGGAACAAGGAGAUGCAGAGGAGCCUCUUAGAGUUUUAGUCCAAUGGGCUCUCCAAGCUUUGAACAUGGAGAUCGCACUCACACAACCCAUUGCCCUGAAUCUCAGACAGUUAAAAGCAGGGGCGAAGCUGGCAUCCUGCCUGGCAGGGUGUCCGCAGGGCCUCACUGUAUUGCUGCGGGAAGGCGCCCUGAAAGUGCUGCUGGAGCUGCUCCACGCAGACCACGUGUCCUCCACGCUGAAGCUGAGUAUCCUAAGAACAUUGGAUGGUCUCAUCAGCUGUCCUGCGGGGGUGGAGGCCUUCCUGCACGCAGGAGAUUCAGAAAAGAGUGGCUAUCAGCGUCUGGUCCAGCUGUUCUUGCAUGAGGAAACCGUUCGGGUCAUAACAGCUGGCAACGCCGUGUUGCAGAAAAGCCACGUGUACGAGGUGCUUGUCGACCUACAACAGACAGCAGCAGCUUGGAGUGAAACUCAACAGGAGGACAUGGAGGACGUUGAGAGCCCCUUGGAAGAGGAAACGCCACUGGGCUCCUCCUCGGUCAGUGAGGCCGAGCUGGAUAGGAUAGCAGGUGUUCUGGAGGAGCUUCAUCACCUGCUGGAAUCUGCUUCUCAUUCCAUGGUUCAACCGCCGGGGAAAGCUUUCCCAACUUCUGCCAGAAUAACAGGACCACCAGAGAGGGAUAACCCAUACCCGACACUGUAUAGGUACAUGCAUGCCUGCCAUUUCCUGGAAAGCACAACGUUGGUUUUGUCAGCGGCGGCUGCAGCGGGUCACGUUGGUGUCACUCAGGCCGUCAAAGAGCUCCUACGCUUCCUGUCACUCACCCAGUCGGGCCUACUUUACCUUCUGGCCCAGCCAACUCCAACCAACCUGCUGCUGCGUCUCCUGGCAUCGGUGGCAGAAUCUGAAGGAGAGGACAGCGCAGGAGGGGAAGGAGCCCUCACGGGGCCGGGGUACGGGGAGGAGGGGUUUUGCAUGUGGCUGAUGCAGGCGUUGCAUUCUCUGCAAGGAGUGUCAGAACUCAUGAGCCACGUUGCUGCCGGAGGAGAAGGCGGCGCAGGACUCGAUGAAGGAGACAAUUCCGAAGUUCUGGGCAUGCUUCACGCACUUUACCUGAUGACUUUCACACAAACUGGCCGCAGCGCCGUGGCUCACGUUUUCAGCUUGGAGAACAACCUGUCCUGUCUGGUCACACUGCUCCAGCACCACAUCAAGGAUGGACAGGGUGAGACCAAAGCUCGCAAGGCAGUGACCUAUAACUACGCCUGCAUGCUGGUUCUAAUGGUAGUCCAAACCUCAAAUGAGCUGCGGAUGAUGGAACAAUAUACCACUCCUCUUCUUACCAUUGCCAAGGCGGAUGACAGCAACGUCAAGCUGCAGGAGCUGAUCAAAUGGCUGGAGCCGCUGGAGAAGCUUCGCUUUGAGAUCGGCAGCAUUCCUUCCCUUAUCGCUUACAUAAAACAGAAUUUGGAAAACAUAUUAAAUGCUGAAGGAAGUGGACUGGUGACAGCUUUGAGGGUCCUCUGCCACAUUGCUUGUCCUCCUCCUCCAGUGGAAGGUCAGCAGAAGGAUCUCAAAUGGAGCCUUGCGGGUGUCCAGCUGUUCUCCGGAGAGGGCCUGGAUACAUGUGUCCGUGUCUUGCAGAAACUUUGCAGCGUGCUACUGCAGCCAUGGCGCUUACACGGUCACAUGGGCCCCACGCCGCAGCGCUGCAUGAUCCUCAGCAUAUGCAUCAGCACCAUCAGGCUGCUGCGCACCAUGCUGACGGAACUGCUGUCUGGGGGGACAUUCCAGCUCAGGGACAGUCGCGUCGCCAACGUGCUAGUGACUCUCCACAUGAUCGUGUGUUCGAUCCCCGCCUCUGGACGGUUGGACGGCGAGGAGACCAGGGUCCAGGCGCUCAUUGUUGAUGUGCUGCUCACUUUUACGCAGGGUGUCAAUGAAAAGGUCACUCACACCGAAGAGACUCUGGCCAGCAACACGUGGUCUCUGAUGCUGAAAGAGGUUCUGGGCUCUCUCCUGAAAGCUCCUGAAGGUCUGUUUUCUGGGUUAACCCUGCUGUCUGAGCUCCUGCCUCUCCCGUUGCCCAUGCAGAGCACACAGGCGAUCUCUGUUCAGGAUGUGGCGAUAGCUUUGAACACGAGGAAGCUGUGGAGCAUGCAUAUUCGGGCUCAGUGGAAAAGCCUCUCUGAAGUGUUGAAGUGUGUGUGCACCACCAGCUGCCCGCCUCUCCUGGCCAUGCUGAGGAGAGUGUCCGUCCAGCUGGCAGACCUGUCGUCUCCCACGGCAACACUCAUCAUGAAGACGCUGUUGGAGAUGCUGCAGGAAGAGCUCCAGCCGGCUGAGGGGAAAACUGUGUGCUGGGGCCAGGUGCUGCGCCUGCUGUCCCUGAUGGACGCCCUGGUGUCGCAGAGGGCUUGUAAGAGCGCCACGCUCCAUUUGCUGUCGGGCUCCGUUUCCGGCGAUGAACAGCUGGCGGAUGUGUUCCCUUUGCUGUUGUCUCUGGUGGUUCCUCCUGCUGGUCACUCCUUACCACAGCAGCAGUGCAGCGUUCUAGUUGGGACAAUAUUCCAGUCACUGUGUGACCAGGACAUAUCCCUUGUGGUGUCACCUCCCGGGGAAGGCUGUUUGUCAGAGGUGGAGCUGCUUGCCAAUGCACUGCCCGGGCGAGAGAUGAUGUCAUCGGUCUGCACGUCCCUGUUGGAGGUUUUAGGCAAUAAAGAGAGCAGCGUCCCACUCCUCCUCACCUGCAUCAGGACUCUGACGUUCUUCACAGAGCACAACUAUGGAAUCUACCACCUCAAAGUUGCUUUGAAGAAGCAUAGUACCGAGGUGUUCUCACUUCUUAAAAGACUAGUUGCGACCUUCAGCAAAGAUUCAGCAGAUUUGCUCUCAGCUCUGCUCGACUUUCUCAGACAGAUCGUCAACACUGAAGCAAUGUGUGUUGAGGAGGGUCAGGGCUCCAGUGAGGAGCCUGUUUUUGUUCCUCCACGACUUCUGUCGCCCUCUGAGAUGAAAGCUCUGCUGCAGUGGGAGGAGCCUGAGUCUCAUCCAAUAACCUCAUUGGAGAAAUUGUUAACUAAACUUUGUAAAGAAGACGAUUCCAUGGAAACCAUGUUGGAAAAUGUGAUCGUUCUGAGGCAGACGCUGGAGGUGGCGUCAGACACAACUCCACUGACUGAAACUGAGCCCAUUCUGCCUCCUCCAGAGACACUUGCAGCUCAGUUUAACCACAGGACCGUGUUCAUUCUGUCUGAGGCACUGGAUGAGCAGCUGAAGGCUCUGUGGUUCUCUCCUUUCCAAACGGAUGACAUAGAAACAGAUCUUGACAUGGUCAAAGUGGACCUGGUGGCUUUGGCACAGGAAUGUUGUCCAGAACUCGACCUGAAAGCCGAGUUGGAGCGCUCCUUCCUGUCUGAGCCGUCUUCCCCGGGUCACACCAAGGCUACCAAAGGCUUCCGACUGGGCAAACACAAACAUGAGACCUUCAUCACAUCGAGUGGUAAAUCCGACUAUAUUGAACCUGCCAAAAGGGCUCACAUCAUGCCCGCUCCUCGAGGUCGUGGGGGUCGAGGAGGGUUUGGACAGAACAUGUCGCGUCCCCAUGACAUUUUCCGCCUACGGAAACAAAACACAUCCCGUCCUCCCAGCAUGCACGUGGACGACUUUGUUGCAGCCGAGUUUAAAGACAUUACCACCCCGCUCGGACUUCUGCCCAGCAAACGCCUCCCCAAGAGCAUCCCCAAGCCCCCCACCAGAGGACUGUUCACUGGGAACAGAGGCAGAGCCACCUUCCAUAACCAGACUCGCUUUUUUACCCCUCCACAGCCGAAAGCUGUUCUGCUAUCAGUAGGUAACUACACGCGAAGGGAAGGAGGCCGUGGUUCCUCAUGGAGUGGUCAAGUUCCAACAAUCACCCACAGAGGAACCUACAGUGAACCCCGCGGAGGCCAGAGCAACUUCGCCCGAGGACCUCUGCCUUCCCGACAACCCCCUGCGAGUGCUUAUCGUCUGGCUAUUCGUGAUCGAGCUCCCCGGGGCAGAGGAGGCGCUGGACUGUCCUGGCUCAGCGGGGGAGGAGGUGCUGGGAACGCCGGUGGAGUGGGAGGAGGAGGAAGAGGAUCUCAGGGGAGCAAAUUCAGCGGCGGCGGAGGAAGCGGAGGUGGGAGGGGCAGGCACGUCCGAUCCUUCACCAGGUGAACUCACCUGGUGGAUAGCUGCAGCUUCUUUUGACUGGAAAUGGACCAACCAGGAUGGGAUGUCUGCCGUCUCCGUGGAAACAUGGUUGUGUGAUGUUGUUAUACAGACUGUGGAUGUUUUACGUUUUGUUAUCAUGAGGCGUGUUUGGAGAAUAAAGGUGGUUGUAACUGGU